ACAUUGAAAGCGUCUGAACGUCAGAGCUUCAUCUUCUUCUUCUUCAUCUUCUUCAGGAAGACCUAACUCCUCCAACAUGUCUGAUACCCUGGUGGUCUGUGGUGUUGAUGAAGAUCUGGUUGCGAAGCUGAAGGCGUUCCGUUUCCGGAAGGAGACCAACAACGCUGCCAUCAUCAUGAAGAUUGAUAAAGAAAAGCAGCUUGUUAUUCUGGAGGAAGAGUACGAGGACAUUUCUCCUGAUGAUCUCGGAGGCGAAUUGCCGGAGAGACAGCCAAGGUUUAUCGUCUACAGUUAUAAAUACGUACACGAUGAUGGACGCGUGUCUUAUCCCCUCUGCUUCAUCUUCUCCAGUCCAGUGGGUUGCAAGCCGGAGCUGCAGAUGAUGUACGCAGGAAGCAAACUCCAACUGGUCCAAACGGUUAAGAUGAGCAAGGUGUUUGAGAUCCGAAACACAGAGGACCUAACAGAGGAGUGGCUCAAGGAGAAACUGGGCUUCUUCGGCUAAAGUCUCCACCUCAUCCAGACGUCUGGGACGGGAGGAGGAACUCGUGUGUCUUCUGUUGGGGGGGGGAAACACACAAAUGUUGAUGUUUCGCUCCUCUUUGUCCGAGACCUGAGUUAAAUAGUGUUUUAAAAUACUUCCUGUUGUCAAUUUUAGGCGGAGGUUGGUGGAGUUUACAGUGGAUUCAGAGUUUGUCUAAAGGGUCGGACAAUCGCGGAAAAGUUUUUCACUAAACCUCACCGACCUGGCAGCCUGAAACUGAGAAUGCUAUUUGACGCAGGUCUGUUUUUGUCUCCCACACAAUCUCUCUCCAUGUGCCAGUUACGUGUCUGUGUUGAAUUAACGCUCCUCAAGCUCUUUUUAGUCAACAGAAAUCCUCAUCUACACUUUCUAAGCUGAGACGUUCAUUCAGGAGAAUUUAAAGGCAUUUUAACAUUUCUUUCUGUUUCCUUUAGUCGUUCAUACUCUGAGUUUCCCCUUUUUUAUCCUUAAUAAUUUGAGUCUUACGUUUUGAUUUUGGUUUCUGGUGUAUUUAGGGUUAACGCAAGUAGAUGGUUUAUAGUGUUCAUUUUCCUUUUGUUGUGAAAAACAAACUUCCUGCCAGAACUUUACAACAUUCACAGCCACAGAACAACUCCUACGUUCUGCUGUCCUCAGUUGUUCCUUCAGUAUUCGUCUUAGGACUUUUAAACUAUCAUUUAAGUAACAAACUUUCAUCGCUCCAGUCCACAAAAGUCAAAAACAUCGUGACCAGUCUAUGAGGCAAUCCUGAGACCUCUGGUUUAUAUAUGAUGUGUUGUGACUUCUCUAGUGCACGUGAACAUGCUGUCAUUGGCCCUGAGGUGAAGUGGUGCUCAUCACAAAACAUUGUUCUGCCUUUUGACCUGCAUUUUGUUCCGAUGACAUCACACUCCAGGAAACAAUAUUUCCUCCGAAAACAUUCCAGACUGAACCGUUUCUACGAACCGUCUCUCGUGACCACAACAAAUAGCACACAGGGGCGGAGUCACGUGUCUUUUGGGGAGAUUGUUCGCUAACGUUGUGCAUUAUUGCGAAUACUGUUAUUUAGUGUUUAUGAAUGUUGUGCUUAUUUGGGAUGUAAAACCACUUUGAUCGCUACGUGGUGGUCACAGCUUUGAGAAUGAUUGAUGGGACUUCUCCAAACGCCAGUUGUGCUUAAAAUUCUGCCUUUGGAAGGUGAAAGACAGAAUCUGGACGAUUGACACUGUCCACACAGAACCGGGUUGGACCAAUACACUGAUCUAUAGUUUGUACCAAUCUUUAAAUUGUACAGUUACAUCUUUUGGUUGUGUUUGACCUGUAUUCUUUCAUAUUGGGGUUUGAAUCAAUCACAGGCGGAGGUUAAAAGCCCUAAUUUGAGCUUUCAGCAUAUUUCUUUAUCGACUUGCAGGAGUAGACAGCGGUGGGAAGAAGGUGCAGGGUUCGAACCCCGGUAGAACAUGGGUCACUCCAUGUGGAGUUUUCUUUGUGUCUGCGUGGGUUUGCUGCGGCUUCCUCCCACAGUCUGAAGACAUGCAGACUGGGGUUAGGUUAAUUGGAGACUCUCAAUAAACCAUAUUUGUAAAUGGUUGUUUGUCUGUGGAUGUUGGCCCUGGGUUACGCUGGGUUUACUCCAUCGUCACACAAUACAUAUAAUGGAUGGAUGGAUUACACAGUUAAAACAACUAAAAUGUGUCACUGUAAGAUCACUAAUGGACUCUAUCAUAUAUUUUUUGCUAUUUUGAAGGCCCCAAAAUUAAUAAAUCUUCUCUGUUUCCUGCUGAAAAUCCUCUCAAACUGCAUUCAGACUGGGGCGGCAUAUUAAAAGGCUAAACCAAACUAAUACUCAAAGGAUUAGCAGCUCCUAACAGCAGUGAGCAGCACCACAUAGUUAAAAGCUGCUUUAAAUCAAAAUCUGUAAAGAAUAUGUAACCGAACACGUUACUGAAUGGUUUUCAUGAUGGAGAAAUGACUCAUUCAGCAGAUUUCUAAACAAAAGCGUAAUAUCUGCUCAGUGUAUUGGUCCAACCCAAUAAAGAAAGAUCGGCACAAAUGAAUUCCACACAUUCCCUCGUCAGUGUCGUCUCUCGUUGAGAAACUCUGUGGCAGAUUUAAAGCCUUGAGGCCGGAAACCACCACAGAAUGUACGAUGUCGUCCUGCUAGGUCGACCGUACCAAUGCCUUGUCUGACUUUUGUCAUAUUUAUGUCUGUUUAAAACAAAAACCAUGAGGCCAAAAUGAAAACACGACAAAGACAGUUUGAUCUGUCAGAAUAAUCCACGACGAUUGAAAAAGCUUUGUCUGUGAUUUUCUUUUAUUAUUAAUUUUUUUUAAUCUUUCUGAUCUAUUAAGUAUGAGACGUCUUUUUUGUGGGUUUUUUAAAGAUCUGACUCAAAGAUGUAAACGCACAAUAACACAGAUAUCAUGUAAAUCAUUGAGUGACGUCAAAUGUUACAGGAUAAUCAUUUAUGAUUUACACAUCAGGCAAGGUUUCAUCCAACAGGCACAAUGGGAAAGGACUGUAAUCACUUGUUUUCGCUGCCUAUGAAUAAACUAUCAGUUUGAUAUCAUGCUGCUGUAGAGGAAUAACAAUUCUGUUGACUGAAGUAUUACAGGCUCACUCGGAAGCAGCUUGUGUUUCACUUGAAACAUGUACAUUGAACUUCUUUUCGACGUGAAUCAUAUAAAAACACGUUUAGCUGAUCUGUUGUUAGGAAAAGAUUCUAAAAAACCUGGAAAAUGUGGAGGGCUACUGUAUAAGAAGUGCAUGAUUUAAUGUACGACCUUCUGACCUGUUCUGUUGCAUGCAUUCUUUCAGAGAGUUAUAUUAUUAACCUCAUUUGAUUUGACUGAAACAGCUGCAUCUCAAACAUCUGCUCCCAGCAUCAUUUUCUUAUCUAGAAUAUUCUGAAAAAGAGUUCCCUUUGGUUUUGAGCCAUGUCCUGUGGAUCUAAGCUUUUCCUCCUUCAUCGUGAGCCUGUUUGAAUAUAAAUGGCCUCUUGAAUCUUUUUCUGUAAUCUGCAGAUGUGCUGUUGAGCUUUUGAUGUCUUCUCUGAACCGAUGCCUACUCUUCUACUUUCUUUCCUUUUUGAUAAAAACACCUGGACCAUGUAUGAUCAUGAUCAGCUGCAUAGCGGCAUCAGUGAAACUUGAGAUAUUUGUAUUUUCCCAUACGUUAUAAAGGUGUCUGUUGUCCCAUCGUCUAAAUAAAAUGACAGUGAUGUUUA